AUGGCGACAUCGUUUUUCACCGAAUUGCGUGCAGAGCACGCCAAUCCAGUGAACGCUGCGCUCCAGAUAAGAAGAGUUGACCGGGUGAAUCAUUCUGCACGAAGACUCGUCGAAGAGAUGCGAAUGAGUGUCGACGAGGCCAGUAUUAUUAGCAAACGUGUACGUUGCGAUGGGGAGUGCAGAGAUGCCCGUGCAAGAAGUAUCCCAUUCGAUGAAGUGCUUAUAAAGGGCAUUUCUUUUGCUGCACAUAUAAGAUGA